CAGGUGUACUCGUAACCCUAAGCCAUGCAGUCACACAUCCUCGGCUGCUGCGUGCUGCUGAGUUUGGGGAGAUGCAGAGCAUGGGGCUGUUUGUUUUUGGGGUGUUUGUCGCCCUGUGUGCGGCAGAGGAAGGUCUCCGAUUCCCAUCCUAUGAUGGAAGGGACCGUGUGCUAGAGCUGUCAGACGGCAAUUACCGGCAGGCUAUGAGGAGAUAUGAUGUGUUCGGCGUUCUGUUACUGCCGAGCCCUGCACCAGGAGACCGCACUGCGCAGCGGCAGAGCCACAUGGCAGAGAUGGUGCUGGAGCUUGCGGCACAGGUUCUGGAGAAGAAGCAAAUUGGAUUUGGGGUGCUUGACUCCAAGAAAAAUGUUAAAAUCGCAAAGAAACUGGGUUGCUCCGAGGAGGGCAGUCUGUACAUCUUUAAGGAGGACAAUGUCAUAGAGUUUGACGGGCAGCUGGCAGCAGAUGUGUUGGUGGAUUUCCUGCUCGAUCUGAUCGAGAAUCCAGUUGAACUAAUUGACAGCAACGUGGAGCUUAAAGCUCUGGACAGGAUGGAGGAGGAAACAAGAGUCAUUGGCUUCUUCAAGAGCGAGGACUCAGAGUAUUACAAAGAGUUUGAAGAAGCUGCAGAACAUUUCCAUCCGUACAUCAGGUUCUUUGCAACAUUCGAGAAAUCGGUGGCCAAGGCUCUGACUCUGAAGUUGAAUGAGGUGGAUUUCUAUGAACCAUUUAUGGAUGAGCCGAUCACAAUUCCUGAUAAACCAUAUAGUGAAGAGGAGAUAGUGGACUUUAUAACCAAACACAAGAGAGCCACGUUGCGCAAACUACGCCCUGAAGACAUGUUUGAAACCUGGGAGGAUGAUUUGGAUGGAAUUCACAUUGUGGCUUUUGCUGAAGAGGAAGAUCCAGAUGGUUAUGAAUUUCUUCAGAUAUUGAAGGAGGUUGCCCGUGAAAACACAGAGAAUCCAGAUCUGAGCAUUGUGUGGAUUGACCCUGAUGACUUCCCAUUGCUAGUAACGUACUGGGAGAAGACUUUUCACAUCGACCUAUUUCGACCUCAAAUCGGUGUCGUCAAUGUCACUGACGCUGAUAGUGUGUGGAUGGACAUAAAGGAUGCCGAGGACCUUCCCACUCCCAGUGCGCUGGAGCAAUGGAUUGAAGAUGUGUUGGCUGGGAAAGUUAAUACCGAAGAUGAUGAUGAUGAUGAGGAGGACAACGAUGAUGACGACGAGAAUAAUGACGACGACGAGGAGGAUGAUGACGACGAUGACGACGAUUAAUCACAUAGUUACAUGUUUUACAUAAUAUUCAAACAUUUUCAAGGAUUAUCACUUGUUAAAUAUAGCAUUAUUGUUACAUGAUUUAUCCUGUGUGUUAUAGUCCAGAACUCACAUACACAUAUGUAAUAGACAAAGUCUUUACUACCCCAGUCAGCUUGCCUGACCACAGAUCCCCAGACAGAAGAGCAUAAGGGAAGGUUUGUUAUGAUCAGUAUUUAUACUUUAGCAGUUAUUAUGUAAGAUCUGAAUCCUGAAAUGUCAGUCUAUUUUUCAAAUAAAUGCUGUGAAACCCAAAGUU